GCGCGGACACACCCAUUUCCUCACCGGCGUCUCGUGCACCGUUAUUGGUUUUAUCUUCACGCGCGUGGGCUGGUCUGUCCGUCUGCGUGUGCGCGAGCACAUGUGCGUGGCUGUGUGUGUGAAAGGUGACGGCGGGGUGAAGAUAACAUCAAACGCCGAGACUCUCAGCGUGGAUGGUUUUUGCGGGUCCUCGCAGCAGUGGUCACGAGUGGGUAAUUUCUCUGUGAGUGUGCGUGAUUUUUCACGCGCUCCCCACCUCCCUCUCCUCCUCCUCCUCCCCCCUCUCCUCCUCCUCCUCCUCCUGCUCCUCAGCGUGGAGGUGCGGGGCUACUACUGGCUGUGUUGUUGCGGCACUGGAUGGAUCUUACAAGCAUGUUUGCGGGUGAAGCCUCGGGCGGUGCACGCGGAGGGAAAUAAAUUUGUUUUUUUUUUUUGCUUCUUCUUCUUCUUCUUUUUUUUUUCUUUCUACCUGCUGAUCAGUCACCUCCACUGUGGCGACAUGUCAAACUCAAACAAAAGCAAGAAGGACAAAGAAAUCCUCGCAGAAUACGAGAGCCAAGUGAAAGAUGUGCGGGCCCAGUUGGUGGAGCAGCAGCGCUGUCUGGAGCAGCAGACAGAGAUGCGGGUCCAGCUGCUCCAGGACCUGCAGGACUUCUUCAGGAAGAAGGCCGAGAUCGAGACGGAAUAUUCCAGAAACCUGGAGAAGCUCGCGGAGAGAUUCAUGGCCAAGACGCGCAGCACAAAAGACCAUCAGCAAUACAAAAAGGAUCAGAACCUGCUCUCUCCGGUGAACUGCUGGUACUUGCUGCUAAACCAGGUGAGGAGGGAGAGUAAGGACCACGCCACCCUCAGCGAUCUCUACCUGAACAACGUCAUCACCCGCCUCACGCACAUCAGCGAGGACUCGGCUCGCCUGCUGAAGAGGAGUAAGGAGAUCAUCUUUCAGCUUCAGGAAGAUCUCAUGAAGCUUCUCAAUGAGCUUUACACCGUGAUAAAGACGUAUCACAUGUACCACGUGGAGACGAUCAACGCGGAAACCAAGCUGCGGGAGGCGGAGCGCCAGGAGGGGCGCGUCAAGGGCGUGUCAGGGACAAGCGGAGGGGUGGAGCCUGUGUUCGGCCUGCGGAUAGAAGAGCGCCACCAGAGACGCAACGCCGCCCGCAAGAUGGAGAAGAUGAGAGAGAAGAGGAAGGCAAAGUACUCAGAGAACAAACUGAAGACUCUUAAAGCCAGGAAUGAGUAUCUGCUGACUCUGGAGGCCACAAACGCCUCUGUGUUUAAAUACUACAUCCACGACCUGCCCGAUAUCAUAGACUGCUGUGACCUAGGGUACCACUCCAGUCUGAGCCGGGCUCUGAGGACCUACCUAUCAGCCGAACUGAGCCUUGAAGCCUCCAGGAGGGCGGGUCUGGAGGUGCUGGAGGGGGCCGUGGAGGGCCUGGACCCCGCCCGCGACAGGCAGCGUCUGCUGGGUCUCUACCCCACCGCCUUCUGCCCCCCACAGCGCUUCAGCUUCCAAUCCCACAUGGGCGACACAGUGACCCAGAUCGCCUCCCAGCCGCAGGUCCAGGCCGAGCUCACCCUCCGCCUCACACAGCUCCAGACCCGCCUGGCGUCUCUGAAGAUAGAGAACGAAGAGGUGAAGAAGACCUGGGGUGCGACUCUGACCACCCUGCAGGACAUGACGGUGCUGGACGACUUCGACGUCUCCCAGAGCUUCACCCACAGCCCGUCCUCCGAGUCGGUCAAAUCCAGCGUGUCGGACGGCUACUUGAACAAACCCAGUCUGGCCAAGAGACGGGCCAACCAGCAGGAGACGGAGCUCUUUUACUUCACUAAAUUCCGCGAGUAUCUGGAAGGGAGUAAUCUCAUCUCCAAACUCCAGGCCAAACAUGACAUACUGAAGAAAGCCUUAGCAGAGGGAUAUAAAGCUGAACUGCUGACUACCAGUCGUGGGCGGAAGAACUCCCAUAGCAAGCACCAGGAUUCAACCAAAGCCAUACCCUUGCUUGUGGAGAGCUGCAUUCGCUACAUCAACCUACACGGUCUUCAGCAUCAAGGCAUAUUCCGGGUGUCAGGGUCACAGGUGGAGGUCAACGACAUCAAGAACUCCUUCGAGAGAGGUAAUGACCCGCUGAUUGAUGAGGAGAGCAACCACGACAUCAACUCGGUGGCUGGCGUGUUGAAGCUCUACUUCAGGGGUUUGGAGAACCCGCUGUUCCCCAAGGACAGGUUCAAUGACCUCAUCUCCUGCGUCCGAAUAGAGAACCUGUACGAGAGAGCGCAGUGCGUACGUAAGAUCCUGCUGGGUGUCCCGAGGGCGACGCUGGUGGUGAUGCGUUACCUGUUUGCCUUCCUCAACCACCUUUCCCAGUACAGCGAUGAGAACAUGAUGGAUGCCGGGAACCUGGCUAUCGUGUUCGGCCCCACCCUCCUGCCAACCCCGGACACGCUCGACCAGGUGGCCUGUCAGGCGCACGUGAACGAGGUCGUCAAAACGGUCAUCCUUCACCACGACAACAUCUUCCCGGACACCAAGGAGCUGCCCGGGCCGGUUUAUGAGAAGUGUAUGACAGGAGACCAGUACUGCGAGAGUCCGUUCAGCGAGCCGGGGGCGCUGGAGGAGGCCGAGCCCGACGCCGGCACCGAGACCCAGACCAGUGACGAGGAGGGUGAGGCUGUGGAGGCGGUGGCGAGGUUCGACUACGUGGGCCGGUCGGGCCGGGAGCUCUCCUUCAAGAAGGGAGCGUCCCUGCAGCUCUUCCAGCGCGCGUCACAUGACUGGUGGGAGGGGCGCCACAACGGCAACCGCGGCCUGGUGCCUCAUCAGUACAUCGUGGUGAAGGACAGGGCCGACGUCAUGUCAGAUACACUCAGUCAGAAAGCUGACAGCGACGGAGGAAGCAGCAGCACCGAAGACAAGAGGUCCAGGAGCGAACUGAGCUCUCCCACCGACAUCAGACCACCAGAGACCUAUAACAGUCACCGGAGGAAGCGAACCGAUGGUUUAUUCCGCCGCCCCCUCGGCCGCUCUAACGACAGCCACUGCCACGGGAACGGCGGGGUGAUGGAACGAAGCUCGCCACCGGUGACGGGUCACUUCAGUCCCAGGGAGCUGCUUCUGGGACGGGGUCAGGGCUUGACCCCGCCGCUCGACAGCCCGGAGCGCCGCCGCCGCUCUGCCGCCGCCGUGACCAUGACGGUGAGCCGCCAUGAAUCGCUGCGGAGGCCGGAAGACACGCCCAUUCGGCGCUCGAGCAGUGGUCAGCAUGGAUUCAGCGACUCCCAUCGAUCCAGAGCGCUGGACCCCGACACGCUGGCACAGGACAUCGAGGAGACGGUAACUGUGGCUCUGGGGGAGUUGAGGCAGCUGGAGCGGCAGGGCUGCCGGCCGGCUCCUGACGUGGUGCUGGACACUCUGGAGCAGGUGAAGAACGGCCCCAUCACCACCUGCUCCUCCGAGUCUCCCAGCCCCCACAGCACCCCAAGUACCCCGGGCACACCGGGAACCCCCGGCACCCCCGGGACCCCCGGCACCCCGAGCCCCCUCAGUCCUCUGAGCCCCAUCAGCCCACUCCCUGGACCUCCGCCAGGACCUCCCAGACCGGCCAACCCUUCCCCAGACACCCUGGGCUCCUUCAAGCCAGUGGCGGCCGCCCGCAUCGGGGCUCCGCUGCGGCCCCCCGCCCUGAGGCCCAAACCUAUGGUUCCACCCAAGAGCAGCACCCCGCCUCUGCCCCCACCACUAGACAAAUCCUGCACCAUGUGAGCCAAACCAGGCCGAUAAAGGGCCGAAUCAGGCCUACCCGGGCCAAAAAUGGGCCAGAAGAGGAGAUCAGGGUACUGCUUAAUGUUUAUAAUCAACAUGAGGGUAGACAUGGUAGGGAGGACAAAAAGGGUUUUAAUGUAGUAAUAAAAUAUAAUAUAUGACAUGACCUAUGAUAUGAUAUGCCAUGAUAUUUAUGUGUUGUCAGGUUGGUGUGUAACUCUCUUGGUGUGUAGGAGUUUACUUUCUCCAUGUAUUGAAGCAUUUAUCAAAGGUUAGCUAAAAGAACUGCUGAUAGAGAUACAGGAGCGAGCGGAGGCAGAGCAUCCUGUCCUGUAUAUGAGAUAAUAGUCAGAGAGACAUGGGGGAGUGUAGUUCAACUCCAGUAAAAUGUAGUUGCAGUGACGUGAAUGUUGGCUGUACUGUCAUGAAGAUAGGCUUGCGUUAGCUGAAGAGCCUAUCACGAAAAAGGCUGCUGUUUUCUUAAAAAACUAUCUCGACUGGCUGCUGUAUAUGUGACAAGCGAAAGGAAGUGAAGGAAGAGGACACGGCAGAGUGAAGCCAACGAUGGUUCAACAACAAACGUCUGUGUGACUUGAUUUAUUUUUUUAUUUUUCACUCGGUUCAGCUGCUAAGCUCACUUACACCUCAAACCACGAAAACGCCUCUUGAGGUCGUCGGUGACACAAAACUCACGUUAUUUAACCAAUGUCCAGCUAUUUAAUGAAUGUUUCCAGUAUUUAACGACUGUUCAGCCAUCUAUUGAAUGUUCGGUGAGCUGCCGCUGCGGCUCACUUAACUUUUUAACAGCCUUUCUUGUGUUUUCGGAUGGAAAGCCCCCCACGCCCAGACCGGAGCUUCAAACAGGGUGUGAUGGUUGAGCGGUGGAGGGAGUUAAGAGCUUGGACAGAACUUUUUCUGGGAUGGGGUGGGUGUAUGAUUUCUUUCUCGUUUGUGUGCAAGAAGAGUGUGUGUGUGUGUGUGUGUGUCCUGCUUGCCUGCCCUUGUUCUGCUCCCUUGUAAGUGCAGAAGCACUAGAAUAGUGAUAGAUGAUAGAUAAUUCAUGCCUGCCUUGAGUGCCAGAACACGCAAGAGCAAGUUGAGAAAAUGGUGCAGCGAGUGCAAAAAGCAUGCCACUUUCUGUAUGUAUGUGUAUGUUCGUGUGUGUGUGUGUGUGUGUGUCUGUGUCAGAAUAAUGGUUUACCUGCUUGUUACACUGAAGUCACUAGUUAACCUUAAAUUCACAGGAAGCUAACAGGGUGGGGCUCUGUGUGUAAACGCCCAAAAAACACUUGAACAGCACACUGAAUGUGGCCUCCAACCGGGCUGGUAACUGAUGCGAGUGUGGUGAUUCAAAUGAGAUAUGACGUGCUGAGAUGGGUUAUGGAUGUGUGUGUGUGUGUGUGUAUGUGUGUGUGUGUAUAUGUGAAAGUGCCUUUUUUUUAAUCCUUGUCUUUUUUGGGGGGAGUUGUGAAUCCACUCACGCAUGUCCAGAACGAAGAGCAGCAGCACUCCGAAUGAAAUAAUCAUAAAGUGUUUAGUAGAUUACUGAAUUAUGAAUUCUAGCAUUAACCCAUUGUGACAUUGCACUUUGAUGUAUAGGACUGUGUACUUGGCAUGUAGCAUCAUAACAUGUUGGUGCAUUUUAACUCAAAGGGAGGUUUCUUUGAAUGUGUUUGAUAAUAAAGGAAAUGGUUUUUGUCUGUUAGUGUUGCUGUAUUUGAAAAACUGAGCUUCCUGAAGAUGAGCUCAUAUAGCCAAAUGGAUUGUAUCAAUGUGUUGUAUUUAUAUUAUAAAUAAACCUGAAUAAAUUAGCAUUCAAGUCAA